AUGUUGACGCUUCCUGUCGCCUCCGCCGAAACCUGCGCGUCCUUCGCCACCUCUCUCGCCACCAACGCCCGUAGCGCCGCUGCUCGUCGCCUCGGCUCGGCGAAUUUCCUAGGCGGGCAUAAAGGCCUGCUCGCAUCCACCGUCGUGCCAGUCGCAUCCGUGAAGUCUUCCAGGCCGGUCACCACGGAAUCGCUCUUCUCCUUCGCCGGGUGGGGCAAGCCAGCAGCGCCGAUGGCGGCUGCAGGAGUGGCGCAGGAGCCGGACACGGACAACCCCGGCGCGGGGCUGCAGUUCGCCGAGUUUGGCGCUGGCUGCUUCUGGGGCGUCGAGCUCGCCUUCCAGCGGGUCCCCGGUGUGGUCAAGACGGAGGUUGGAUACACGCAAGGCGUGAAUGACAAGCCCACAUAUGAGCAGGUAUGCUCUGGGCGCACAGGGCACGUAGAGGCAGUGAGAGUGGUGUACGAUCCCAAGGAGGUGUCCUACGAGGGUCUGCUAGACGUUUUCUGGAACAGGCACGACCCCACCACGCUUAACCGCCAGGGUGGUGAUACGGGGACGCAGUACCGCUCAGGGAUCUACGUUUUCUCUCCUGAGCAAGAGGAAAUUGCGAAGAAGUCGCUGGAGGCGAGGCAGGCUCAGAUUGGUAGGAAGAUAGUGACGGAGAUAAUGCCCGCUAAGAAGUGGUACCCUGCUGAGAGCUACCAUCAACAGUAUCUUGCCAAGGGUGGGAGGUUUGGCAUGGGGCAAUCAGCUGCUAAGGGCUGCACGGAUCCCAUCAGGUGCUACGGCUAA